UACGGGUAGCGGGACGCCCGACUCCUGCGGGGCACUGCUCCCGGAGCAGGUCAUGAACGGGGCGGCGGACGGCGAAGUGGACUACAAGAAAAAAUACCGGAACCUGAAGCGGAAGCUCAAGUUCCUCAUCUACGAACACGAGUGCUUCCAGGAGGAGCUGAGGAAGGCGCAGAGGAAGUUGCUGAAGGUGUCCCGGGAUAAGAGUUUCCUCCUAGACCGACUUCUGCAGUACGAGAACGUGGAUGAAGAUUCCUCUGACUCAGAUGCCACUGCAUCUUCAGAUAACAGCGAGACAGAGGGAACACCCAAGCUGUCGGACACGCCAGCUCCCAAGAGGAAGAGAAGCCCUCCGCUGGGGGGUGCCCCCUCCCCCUCCAGUCUCUCCCUGCCUCCUUCAACGGGGUUUCCCCUUCAGGCAUCCACGGCCCCCUCCCCGUACCUGAGCUCGCUGGCUUCCCCCCCCUACCCCCCAUUCCCUUCUGACUACCUGGCCCUGCAGCUGCCCGAGCCCAGCCCCCUGAGGCCCAAGCGGGAGAAACGGCCCCGCCUGCCCCGGAAACUCAAGAGAGCUCACUCUGGCUGCAGUGUGGAGGAGGAACUGGCUCUGGGAGAGGCUGAAGGCAGGGAGUCCAGUUAGGAGGCUGGUACCGUGGUAGCCCAGGUGAGCUGAGAGGAGGGCCUGGCCCAGGCCAGUGGCUGCGGGGAUCCCAAAGAGGGGCCCGUCCAAGGUUUAAGAGGUAGUAGCCUCACACGGCGGGGGGCAAAGACCUAGGACCCCCUCCACCUAACCAGUGAGUCCCAAAGUAGGAGGGAGAUGAGGCCAGUGCUGCCAAAUGGGGUCUGAGGUGCUCAGGGGCAGGCCGGCAGGCGCUGCAGGCUGCCUCUGACUGGCUCUAAGUGCUAUCACAGGGGCAGCCAAGGUGCAUCCCUGGAGAGGGCAGGGCCUGGCCUUCUCCUCCUGGUUCCCAUAAGACUACCACCACCACCACCACCACCACCACCACCACCACCCCCACCACCCUCAUCACUGCCUCCAUCACUACCCCUCACCUGCAGGCACUUGCUGGGUUGAGACUCCAGGGGCUAAGGUGAGGCAGGCCCCCCCAAUUCCAGCACUGGCUGGCUCAGCUGUGUCCACUCCCCCGGCAUGAGCCUUUGCCCCCUACCUGCCCCCAGAACUGCCUGCAGAGGCCCCACCAGCCUUCUGGAGGUCCAGUGCCUCCCUGACAAGCCCUCCCUGUGUUUCUUCCCCCUGCUGCAGAUGGCGGUGGGACCCCCCGACUGCCCUGUGGGAGGGCCGCUGACCUUCCCGGGCCGGGGUUCCGGGGCUGGGGUGGGGGCAGCCCUGGCCCCACUGCCUCCACCCAAGAUGCCCCCCCCAACCAUCCUGAGCGCCGUCCCU